AUGUCAAUCACGUCGCGCAGCCAGAGCUCCUCCCCCGACAUCUUGGGCCCCCCAGGCGAUGCCGACUACCUCAUCUCGUCUCCAAUAAAACCUUUCACGGGUCGCCAGAGCUGGCUGUCACCUGCGGCCGUGAAACGCCAAAGGACCCCCGCGAAACGGCGGCGCGUGACGCUCAGUCCGACGAGAAGCGCGCACUCAAUUCGCUUUGACGAUGUCCUACUUCCCGGCUCGCCUACAAUGAAACUCGAUGGUCGGCAAAGGUCGCUUUCGCCGGAAAAAUUUGGACAAGAUGGAAACGUGAGCCCAUGGCGCAUUCGGGUCACGCUUGAGGCGACGCAGGACGAGGAGAACGAGGGCAACUAUAGCCCGUCGCGGAAACGCUUGAGACCCUCGACCGUGACAACGAAAGUUCCCUUGAAAGACGACGGAAGUCCUUCGAAACAAAAAACACCUGCGAAACGACGCGGCCGUCCUCGGAAAUCGGAUAUUCAGUCGCAUAAUGGCUCGCCAUGGCCUGGGAGUCCAGGAAAUACGCCAGGGCCGAUGGGAACUACGCCUAAAGAGAGAGUGGGACAACUGCGCAAGAAUACGCCAAGGCCUCAGCCGCAAAUAAUAUCGAUGCUACCAGACGACCCAGAGGAUGAGCCUGAAGACGAACUACAAGAUGAGCCUACUCCAACAGUGGAGCCGAUGCAACAACAAUUUAGCCCAAUGGACAUAACUGCCGAUGGCAGCGCGAAACCCAACCACCAAUGGAGUCCAAUGAACCUUGCUACGGAUGGAGGAUACGAUAGCGACUCCCUCGGCGCGGAUGAUUUACCCGUCGCAGACCUUCGGGCUCCAACGCCAGCGCAUCCGCAGACCCAAGCAAACAAUACUGCUCAUGAAUACGGGAGAGCUACCUACGAUACCCCAACAAUCGGUGCUAGCGAACACCAUUUUCUCGACAAUGACGAGAAUAUACAUUCCACUCCUUCCAAGAUGCCAUCGCCUACGCGAGAACGACUGGGAUCAUCCGCAAGAUCUUCUCGCCGUGUUGGCAACACCGUGUCUCCACGUACUUACCCGACUCCGACCCCUACUUCCUCGCUGGCCGAUGAAGAAAAUCAACCUGGAGAGCAGACCUUGGAGGUGCAAGAAGACACGCGACUGACACACAACACUUAUGAGCACCAGACCGAGCCCUUGGUGGAUCCCACGGACGAGCAUGCUGAAUUCGACUCUAUCAUGGAAAGCGAAGGAUUUACUAUGGUCUCUCUGGACACAUUACCAUCAGCGAAGCAGUAUGGCCUCGGAUCCAGUGCCAAACUCAAUUCGAAUGGCUCUGGAAAAGAGCGAGAAGUCGGACGCAUUGGUGACCGGCUGAAGCGUAAAUUGUCAGGGACAAUUGACAGCUUCCGAGGCGAUGCGCAAAGCUCGACAAGGCCUAGCCCAGUGAUCCAAACCCACUCUCCUAAACCUCCCCUAGCACGCAGUAAUCCAAAGCCACAUACUGAGAACGUGCAAGCUCCUGUUCAGGUCUCCUACCCCGAGCUUCCUUUAACGCGUUCAGCGGAGAAGCUUCUAGACGACACACCGAGGAGAACUCCCAUCAGCUUGGCCAGGGUAGUCCGCGUCGGUAUGGCUCUCCAAGGCACCUUCAAGCCCGGUGAAAAUGAAGUACCGGGAAGCAGCAAUGCAGGUCGAAAGAAGCGCCUCGAGGGUGUCUUUAGCAGCUUUAGCCCUGCUACGCAACGAGAAUUGCGGGCUGCUCUUGGGAUUGGCCAAGAGCUCGCAAUGCGCCAAGCACAGGCAGCGGAAGAGCGAGCUAGAGAAGCCGAGAAAUUGGAGGAUGAAACUGUCCCUGCGAACGGUCAUGAUGAUCCGAUGGGAGAGCCGCAAGAAGAUGAUCUGAGCGAGGAGGAAGAGGUUGUGGAUGAACAGGACGAGCCUCUAGUGGUAUCAGUCCAAUCUCGGCAGAAAAAUGCCCUGCCAGUCCACAGAUACGACUUUGCACAGACGGAGCGAGAGCAAGAGUGGCAGCGGGAGCGCGAGGUUGUCAGUCGCCAUGCUAGGGAUCCGAAAAACUCAGAAAGACUCAUUUACAUUGAGAGUGAUGAGGACAUCCCACAAGAGAACCCCAAGUACGCCUCUGUUGGCCAUUUGGAAGCUGACGUUGAGUCGGUUGUCGAUGAACCGCCACUCGAAGAGGAGCCGUUUGACCAGGAAAUUCCCGAUGACGCUUCCUUCGAUCAAGAGCCCGAGAACUUUGAGCCAGAUGUUGUACCCCUUUUCCAGCCUGUCACAAGCCAAAGGUCAUACGUGGAAGAAGGGCCUAUUUAUGAAGAUGAUGACGAAGGCUCUGAAGACAUAUGGCGGCAAGAUACUUUCGAUUCUGAGCCUGAGCAUGCACUCGGACUGCUUCAACAAGAUGAUCAAAAUAUGGAGCCACAGGCUACGAAUGAGGACGAUGAUGUUGAUGACAUAUGGCAACUGGAGGCUAAGGACCAAAGCAACAUCUCGCAACACUCCCAGAGCCGAACUGAGAAGGACCUCGUUCAGGCCCCUUCUAGCCCCUGGGAAAAAGUGGCGAGCCGUUUUGAAAACCAAGACCACUUGAGCUCUUCUCCCGCUUACGUGACUGUGGAACACCUAGAUGGGCUACACCAGGUACCGACACAUAUUCGAAAGCUACGCGACCAAGAUGUCGAUCUGUCUGCCAUUCUCGCAGAAGAAGAGACACCCAACCGUGCUCGCUACUAUAACGGCACAAGCACACCUCGAGAGCUGCCUAACCACCGACUUGGAGCCCCACUUUCCUCGGCCAUGAAAUCUGCAACCUCCACGCGGAAGACGGGCCAACGGGUGCGCCUGCAGCCUAUUUCCCAGUCCAGCCCGGGAAUAGGCUCAGAGGCAGAGUUCAGCUACUCUCCUGCCUUCAAACCCACCAUCUCUCACCAAGAGUCGAUCGAAAUUGAGGCCGACGAACCAGAGAAUGCGUUUGAUCGUGCUCACGAGACUGAUUCAGGUUAUACUGAUGCAGAAACCACCACUCCGAAGCCUCCACGCCAAUCAGGACGGGAUGCCCCGGCAUCAACCUGGUUCCAGCGAAUCACCAGUCUCACGCCCAGGUGGUUGAAAGCGCCCAACAGAGAUGACGAUGACAGCUCCAGUUCGGCGGCAGCUUCCGAGGACGAUUUUGAGGAUGAUGACAAGGAGAAUCAGGUUGAAAUUGCCAACAACGAGUCAGCCAACCAUAGUCGCGAAAACUAUGAUCAAGCACCUCGUUCAGACCGUUCAAGCAUGUCACCUUCAAGAUACCUUGAAGAAUCGGCUAGUCCACCGCAGUUGAAUGGUCAUACUUAUGUGCCUUCUAUUGAACAAGGCGAUGAACUUUCUUCCGAGCAAGGUGACUUUGACGAUGUGCAAGAUGAUAUUUCCGAGGUCCAUGCAGAAGGCAGCACUGCUCAAGAUGAUGCCGUGGAAGACGAUGCCGUCGAGGGCGACCCUGUCGAGAUGAUCAACGGCGAGCAUGCCGAGUCAGUAUGGCCCCGACCCCUGCCAACGUUCGGCUACUUUUCGGACGAUCACUACAAAGCCCUUCGGCGCAUCUACCGAAUGGCAAAGCGCUCCCCGGAACGAUUCCCCUACUAUGACGCGCCAGGGCGCGCUGAGAUCAUCGGUGAUUGGAUCUGGACCUCGGACGGCCAUCAUGGGGUCCCCAUCACCGAAGUCCAAUUUGCCAUCAUCGACCGCUUUGUGCAUGACCUCUCACGCGCCGAUGUCGCGUACGGUGGAAGCGGGCAGGUCGAUUGGACCGAAGCUGACCUACAUCGGAGAUUGAUAAGUAUCAUCAUUGGUGAGCAGAUCCGAGAGAAUCAAAAGGCCAAAUCGGCCCGGGGAGUGUCUGUUGAUACAUGGCGUUGA